ACGAAGUCAACUCUAUUCAACGGAAACAAAUAAUAAGCGGUCCCUCAUAUAGUUUCAAACGUAAAUACAAUGGCGAGGUCCACCUCCUUCGUCGCGAUGCUAAUAGCAUUAAUUUGCUUGUGUUUAGCGGAUGCUCAGCAUCCUCCUGUUGUUUUAUGGCACGGAAUGGGUGACAGCUGUUGUAAUCCCUUGUCAAUGGGUGGCAUCAAAAAUUUUAUUGAAAAAAGCUUACCUGGCGUCUAUGUUAGGUCCUUGAUGAUUGGAAGUAAUAUUAUAGAGGAUGUUGAAAAUAGCUUUUUUAUGAAUUCCAACCAUCAAAUUACUGAAGUAUGUGAAAAGCUACGUGCUGACAAAAAGCUGGUUAAUGGAUACAAUGCUAUUGGUUUCUCUCAAGGAGGUCAAUUCUUCCGAGCUGUUGCUCAGCGCUGUUCAGUUCCUCCAAUGAGGAACUUGAUAUCUGUUGGAGGCCAACAUCAAGGUGUCUUUGGAAUUCCACACUGUCCCGGUCAAAAUUCUACUCUGUGUGACAUGAUACGUAAAAUGCUGAACAUGGGAGCAUAUAAGAGUUUCGUCCAAGAUCAUGUUGUACAAGCUCAAUAUUGGCAUGAUCCUUUUAAUGAAAGUGAAUAUAAAAAUAAGAGCAUUUUCUUGGCUGACAUCAAUUUAGAGCAGCGAAACAUUUCGACCUAUAAGGAAAACUUACUGAAAUUGAAAAACUUUGUUCUAAUCAAAUUUACUGAGGAUGAAAUGGUUCAGCCUAGAGAAAGUGAAUGGUUUGGCUUCUACAAACCUCGUCAAGACAAAGAAAUUUACCCAAUGGAAGAAAGUCCUUUAUACAAAGAGGAUCUACUUGGACUGAAGACACUCAAUAAAACUGGACGCCUGCAUUUAUUAAGUUACCCUUCAGACCAUCUGCGAUUCACUCUCUCUUGGUUCAAUGAAACUAUAGUUCAAAAGUACCUGAAAUAAAUUUGAUCAUUCAAAAAUUUUAAUUUACCUCUUCCUAUAGGAAGUCAAAUAUUUUCCACAAUAACUAUGUUUUUUUUGUUUUUUUAUGUGACAUCUACAGAAAAAAGGAUGCUAUAUAUUUUGAUGAAUAGUUAAAAAUUUCACAUUUUUAUCCUCAUUAUUGAAAAUGUUUAUAAAUAAAACAAAAGCAUGAAAUAAAAAAUAUUUUUCUUUAAGUAAUUUGAUUUCAACCAUAUAUAUCAGUGUUAUUGCUUUUUUAUAACUCAUUGAGAUCUAUUUGAACAGUGUUAUAGAUUGGAAGUGACAGUAUGAAAAGUCAUUAGAUCUUCACUUCUAGUCGAAAUCAUCCUAUCUUUAUUGGGAAAUAUGCUAGCAUUGAAAACAAACGUUAAAUGAUGAUGAUAAUGUGACAAAAUGAAAAUAUAAUUUUUAUCUUAACCAUCUUUUAAUGGUAAUCUGGUAUUUGUGAAAGGAAAUAUGGCUGCAUUUUGUAUGGAUAAUUUCAGUUGAACAAAGUUUUUCAAAGCAUUCAGUCAUAGAAAACAUGUCAAAGCUGACACUGGAACUCAGUGCAGUCCUGCAGCUUACCAGGUCCUGUUAAACCACGGAAAAUGAAUGCUAAAUGCCAAUAAUGAUGGUGGUAUGUUACAUAUGUGAGACCCUAAUGACUAUAUCUAGUCUACGCAAAGUUCAACUGAGGUGCUUUUCCUCACUUAUAUUGUUCAUAUUCAUAAUCAGUAUUGCUACAUUCUCUCGAUAUAUCCAUCAUUCUUUCUGUCUAUGUAUCUAUAUACUUAUCACUUUUAAGUUUUGCUUGUUGAGUAGCAUUUCCAUUGAUGUGGCAGUCUGAUAAGAUUGAAACAACUAUUGUUUUCACCACUGGAAUAAAGCCAAGAUUCACUCAUCAAUUGUUACUCUUAUUGGAGUUAUCCUUCCUGCUUGCUUUUUCUCCUUCACUAAUUACAGGGAUAAUCUCAGGUAAUCAAGUUUUCAUUUCCAUAUAUCAUGAGAGACUCUGCAAUAUAUGAUCUAUACAAAAGUUUUGUUGUCAAAUAAGUUUUUU